AUGUUUCCUUAUGGCUGGGCUAUCAUUCAAAGAAGACACAAUAAAGAACGCCAACGGGCUGCGAGAAGGAUAGCGCAUCGCCAUAUUCGCGACCAUUCCAACCCUUUCGACGUGCCUGCAGAGGUUUUUACCAAAUUAUACAGGCUCUCCAAAAGAACUGCGCAUUUUUUAGUGGAGUGUCUUCACCAGAAUUUAAAUCGACAAAGGCAGCACGGAAUUCCUGUGCAUAUCAAAGUUUUGGCUUCACUCCAUUUCUUUGGACAUGGCGGCUACCAAACAACGGUUGGGCAGGGGCAGUAUUUAGGUUUAAGUCAGCCAUCUGUAAGCAAAUGCUUACAAGAAGUUGCUGAUGCAAUUAUAACUGUUUUAUUGAACGGUAUGGUGCUAUUUCCAGAGACUGAAGAAGAAAGGGCAGAAAAUAAACAGAGGUUUUUACAGAUAGCUGGGUUUCCUUCAGUCUUGGGUUUGAUAGACUGUAGUCAAAUCUCCAUUGUUCGCCCAAAAGACACAGCACUUGUGCCAGCGAGAUUAUUUUUUAAUCGCAAAGGCUUUUAUAGUCUUAAUUGCCAAUUUGUAUGUAAUGCAAAGAUGGAAAUAAUUCAUUUCAAUGCCACUUUUCCUGGAUCAACACAUGAUGCAGCGGUCUGGCAAGGAUCCAGUUUGAGCCAAUUAUUGGAAACUAAUUAUGUUAACGGAGUUUCAGCUGGUGAAUGGCUUCUAGGAGACUCUGGAUAUGCCCAACUGCCUUGGCUGAUGACCCCGUAUGCUGAUGCGGAUGAAAAUACACCUGAGGCUAGAUAUAAUUUAGCGCAUACCAAAACGAGGGUUCUUAUUGAAAAAUGUUUUGGAGUGAUGAAAACAAGAUUUAGAUGCAUUCACAAGCACAGGACGUUGCAUUAUGACCCCGUGAAGGCAUCUAAAAUAAUAGCAGCUGUAGUUGUUCUCCAUAACGUGGCAAUUAAGAGAAAUGAACCUUUACCAGAUGAAUUGCAACUCGAAGACAGAUUGCGGCCAGCAGAUGAUCCUCCCAGGGAUAUGAAUUUUUUAAAUGUGGCAAGAAAUAUUCGAAAUAACAUCACAAGACAAUACUUUGCAUGA